UGGUCAUACCUGACCACAGUGUCUUGGGUUCGUGUGGCUGCUGAUAAGACCGUUAAGCCUUCGAGCUUCCCACCAGUGUGAUGAGACCUACCACCUACGUUUCCCGUGCUGGGCCGACAUCCGUCAGAUAUGGGCCAUUCUCGCGGAAGCAUCGACCUGUGGCGCGCCGAGCCACGAUUCAGCUGCGCCUUUUGCCCACCGAUCGAACUGGGGAAUUUGGCAGGCCUGGGCGCGCCGGUACCGCAUCACAGCGAAGGGCUAGUGCGUUGCUGAAAGUCAUCCCUGGUUCCAGCCUGUUGUCGAGUCUAAUGGCCUGUCAUUUCGCUAUGGCCACAUACCGAGUACAAACGCCACGCACACGCCAGUUCAUAGGCCGACUCGACAAGCACUGACAAUACCCUCGACAUCCAUUGGAGACCGACCUCUCAGCCAUGCAUAUCUCUUCAAUAUACGAGUCCCGGCGGCGGCGUCAGUUUGGCCACGCU